AUGCCACCGCGGCAGAAGGAGGAGUGGAAGCCAAGCGAUGACCUGCUGGAUGUAUGGUACAAGAAUUGGAUGCCAGAGCCCAUUGUGUGCUGGAGCUGUGGGCACUUCCUUGGGGAUAAGUGCCAUUACAAGAACGGGAGGAACGUCCCAUGCCGCCACGGGAAUGAGAGUGGGAUGAACCGAAGAAACCCGUUCCAGUGCAAUGGUUUCGCCUCCCAGGAAGAGCCGGCCCCUGUCCGGCGGAACCAUGCCCCCCUCCCGAACUACUUUGCCCUCGUAGAUGGACACGUGAUGUACGUGGAGGUCAACGGGGAUGAGAAGGCGUUUGUACCGCUGAACGAGACACACGUGGCGUAG